GAAAACGAAUCCUUUUCAGGGCCAGAUAAAGUUUAUCAGGUCAUUCUCCCUAAAUCCGACAAGUCUAUAAAGUUCUUUUCGGACUGUAAUGAAGUUAAAGAAGAUCAGGUAAUUAUUCCUAAAUACGACAAGUUCUUUUCGGACUGUAAUGAAGUUAAAGAAGAUCAGGACAAUUUCUUACCUUUACACGAAAUAAAUUAUGGAGUGGAAGUAGAACAUAUAAAUGGAAUAAAACUACCAAAAUUUAGUCUUGGAUUAAUUGUGAAUGGAGAAGGAUUAACAAAAACAAAAUAUAAGUUUCUUGCUUCUUUAAGAAUUCGACAUAUUAAUACGACUAAAAGUUCAACGAUUAGAUUGGUUAGCACAAAAUCCAACAUAUAUUCUUAUUUUCUAGAGAAUGGUGUGUCAAUUAAAGAAGAUCAAGCACAUCAAUUUCUUCGAUCUAUUCCAUUUAUAACUUCAAUGACACAUGAUCUAAAACAAGGUACCUUCCGAGCUAUUUAUUGUGAUAUUUCUAUCCCGUUGGUAGAAAUAUCAUUUGAGCAAAUCAAACCAUCUAACGAAUCAAUUCAGGCUCUAAAUGAUGCUUUGUCGAACAUGGAUCCGUACACUUCACUAUGUAAAGUUUUUAAAAAAUUCGGUCAUUUAAUUCCUCAUAAGAUGGUUAUCGGGAAAAAACUAUCACGUAAUUGUCGUGAAUUUUCAUCAGCAUUAUGUGAAGAUUCUCCGGAUCAAUCUAAAAAAAAUUCUUUAAAGGCUUCUAGUGAAAAUUACAAUGAAUUUCGGACUGUGCUGAAUGAAUGGAAAUAUCUUCUUUCGGAAAGUGGAUUUAACCCAACAUAUCUUAAGAACACAGAAGGAGGCAUUACAGAAGUCGAGAAUAUAGAAAGUUGGAUCUCAAAAGAUUUUCAAAAACUCGAAAUCAUCGAAUAUUCAGAUUUAAUUUCAACAUACGCAAUUCUUGAUUUCCCAAUGCGCAAGGAAAUUGAAAAAUGCUUCAAGGAAGAAAAUCAAAUUCUAAUGACAGGAUAUAUUAGAAUUAAAAAUAUUCACACUCAUUAUUAUCGCGUUGAAUUUAAUACACCAUUGAAAAGCAGCCGUUAUCAGGUUUUCGGUUUUGUUACAGAUGAAAAUCUUAAUGUAUUAGAGAAAUUAGUAGUUGAGUUUAAGUUUUUUACCAAAUUUGGAUUUUCGAUAAUAUUAAAAAGUUUGGAUAAAGAACAAUUGAUCGGCGCUCUGUUAUCAUGGAUGUUGAUCGGAAUUCCACGUGAAAUAGGAUUCUACAGCAGAAAUACUCGUGAUAUGACCGUGCUGCGUACAGGCGAAUUAACUUUUGAAAAGGACGAUGGCAAUAUUAUUAUAAAGGAAAAUAAAUAUUUUAUUAAAUUGCCAUUUAUAUCCGAAAUUCCAUCCGAAAGUAUAGUUAAUAUUCGCUUAGAAUUUUCACAAAAUAUCCACGAGGCUUUUAUCGAAACUCGAUACAUUAGUGAUACCAACGAAAUACAAAUUAUUAAUUCAAACAACUUUCCAGAUAUUGGUUACCUCGAAGAAGCUCGAGUUCAUUAUGCAAUUAUAAGCAUUUCGGAAAACGAGAGGAUAAUUAUUCCAGAUAUUCAAAUGAUCUCGAAUGAAAAAU